AGACAUAGCUACUCCAACAAAAUAGGAAGCCUAACCAGUCGCUGGCAAAUCGAACCGUGAUUAAAUUAUUGAAGCACUAAAUAAACAGGCCUCCUGAGCCUGACGCAUUAAUUAUUUCUGAUACGGCGGUCAAAAUUCAGGAUGUAGUACCGCCUUCUUUUGCUCGCGUUCUCUCGGAUCCGUCCAUUUACAAGAACUAUGCUGAUCCCUCGGUAUCUUCUCGCCUAUUCCCAUCCUCAUCUUUGACAUAAAAUCAUGCUCUCUCGGUUGCGUCUCCGGCUACCGAGUCGUAUCCCUGUGAACUAUCACCACACUCAAGCCACAAAUUCCCGAACAAACAAAGAUGCUGUUCCUCGUGGUACAAGUUCGAGGCCGAUGGCCCGAACACUUCAGAGACCCAUUGCAUCACUAUUUGAUUGGUUUUCACACUCUCAAAGCCGACGACCAUAUAUGACCCAACUGUGCCUUACACCGCUGAUAUUCUGUCUUGGCGACUUUUCAGCACAAAUGAUAGGAGAUGAGGAUUUUGACUUUCAUCGCUCGCUACGGAGUGUCAUCAUCGGUCUUGUUAUCGCGAUUCCUACUCACGAAUGGUUCCUGCUCUUAGGGCGGCGGUUUAAUUACAGCUCACACUCUCUGUCCCUGGGGGCAAAGGUAGCUGCCAAUCAAGCAUUUUAUACUCCGAUGUUCAACAUCUAUUUCUUUGCGUUUCAUGGACUCCUCGCCGGGGAGGGGCUUUGGGGUGCAAUUGAAAGAGUGAAAGACAAAGCAUCUAUAAGUAUUCCCAGAAGCUUUCUAUUUUGGCCUUUGGUGACGGCGUUCAACUUUUCAUAUAUCAAACCCCAGUCUCGAGGGAUUGUGACAUCGAUCUUCUCUGUUUUUUGGCAAUCAUACUUGAGUUGGUUGAAUAGUUCUGCUGGACGGGGGAAAAGCAAGCCCACACGCAAUUCUGGGUCAUCUGUGUGACUACCGUGGAAGGUUUAGAUCGUCAAAUGUUCAUGUACAAUGACAACUAACAAAAUCAAAAUCAACGCAUUGCAAUCAUAUUCCAGCUCGAUAUCGCGGUAGCAGACUGAGUCUGGAAGAUUGUC